AUGGCAAGGUUAAGACGUGUACGGGGACCCAAACUUUCGACAGACAAGGUUUCAAUAGUUCAUGAAAUGGGUCGAAAGUACAAGCAUGCAAAGAUUUUGGUUACAAUACGUUUGGAUCCAACACGGUUAAAAAGUAUAUCAAGAAGCCCAUCAAACGGUACAGAAAUGGAGAAUUCAAAUGAAACAACCAACGAAAAAGAUUCGAAUGCAGAGACAUUGCCACCGAUGUCUUCUGGAUUAUCAGAAACAGCAACACCAAAGAAUAAUGAUGCUGGAGAAGACAUUUCCGAUAGCGAAAUUAGCUCUAUGGAUAACGAGCUAAUGGAUUUUUUAACUGAGCAUUCAGUAUUGGUGACUCCAGGCCGACCUUUAAUACCAAAUCAACCAGAAACAGCACCUACAACCGAAAAGAACCAGGAAAAGAAACCUUCCGGAAAACUAUCAUCUGUGCUGCCCAAAAAGCAACCAAACUCUUCCAUCCCAGACAGUCCAUCUGUAGAUGAGACAUAUAAGAUACUACCGAGAAAUGUUUCCCCAAUUGUGAGAAACGAGCUACAUUCUAUUGAAGAUGAAUUUGCCCCUGUAGAUCGGAUGGUGUUUUCCCUAAGGGAUCCUUUGGGAGGUGGCCGAAUAAAUCUACCAGUUAAGUCAACCUCAUGCAUACAUUUUCAAUGCUUUGAUUAUGAAAACUUUUGUCUAUUUAAUAAGAUUAGUACUGCUACUAAAGAGAUAACCAGAAGAAAUCUUGUACAACUGAAUCGUGCAUAUCUUGCCCGAAUCCAACAGCAAGUCAAUCAACAACCAACAGUGAGUAGCUCAUUUCCAUUUUCGUCACAAAACUCACAAUUCCCAAACCCAACCAGUAAUCCCAAUGUUUCGAAUAAGCUACCUGUUGCCUUACCAGGAAACAACGGAACUCAUAACUACUUGGUACUACCAACAUUUCAUUCAAAUUUCACCUUAAACAACCGUAUAAAUAAUAACAACAUUUACAAUAGCAAUUCUGGGCAUAGUAGUCAAUCUGGUGAAAUUACUAGUUUGUAUAACAGAUUGGGCGAACCUUAUAUAAAGGUUAUCAAUAAUCCAAAGCCCGAACAUAGUAGUCGAUUUGUAACUCCUUGUCACAAAUUUCCCAUGUACAAAUGCCCAAUUUGCGAUACCCAGUUCCCAUUAAGCGAAUUGUGCAUAAGUGAUGGAUUCAAUUAUUUCAUUCGUGCUACUCCCAAGGAAAUAGACCGUGUUGAAUUAUUAAUUGGAUUGGAUAAAUACCGCUUAAUUGAUGAUAAUCGGAAAACACCAGCACCAACAGGGGAGAAAAAGGAACAGUCUGCCGAAGUGAUUGUGCUCACAUCUGAUGAAGAGGAUGAAGAUGACCGAAAUCCAGUGGUGCUGCAAACCCCAGUCAAGACAAAAAAGCGUUUUAAUUUUUAUGAAAGAGCUCAAGAAUUGUUGCAUCAAGAAACGGAUAACGAGAUUCAUUAUGGUGAUGGUGAAAGUUGGGAUGAUCCAAUAGUUCUCGAUUAG